GGGAAACAGCUGCUGUCAGACAUGGCUCCAGCUGGGAGGAACGUCUAUGUGGUGGGAGUUGGCAUGACCAAGUUUAUGAAGCCUCGUGAUGAGCUGGAUUAUCCUGAUAUGGCCAAGGAAGCAGGUCAGCAGGCUCUGGCUGAUUCAGGAAUUCCAUAUUCAUGUGUGGAGCAAGCAUGUGUUGGUUAUGUUUAUGGUGAUUCAACAUGUGGGCAACGGGCAAUCUAUCACAGUCUGGGACUCACUGGGAUCCCGAUCAUCAAUGUCAACAACAACUGCUCCACUGGGUCUACAGCUCUUUUCAUGGCUAGGCAGUUGGUUCAGGGAGGGCUAGCAGAUUGUGUCCUUGCUCUUGGAUUUGAGAAGAUGGAACGAGGCUCUCUACAAUCAAAGUUUACAGACCGGGUCAACCCUAUGGACAAGCAUCUUGAGGUGAUGAUAAAUAAGUAUGGGCUUGCAGCAGCUCCUGUAGCCCCUCAGAUGUUUGGAGGAGCAGGGAUAGAACACAUGGAGAAGUAUGGUACAAAAAAAGAACAUUUUGCCAAGAUCGCCUGGAAGAAUCACAAGCAUUCUGUAAACAACCCGCUGUCACAGUUUCGAGAUGAAUACAGCUUAGAUGAAGUGAUGAAGUCAAGAAAAAUCUAUGACUUCCUAACCAUCCUUCAGUGCUGCCCAACUUCUGAUGGAGCAGCUGCAGCUGUCAUAGUAAGUGAGGACUUUGUGCACAGACAUGGGCUACAAGGCAAAGCAGUUCAGAUCCUCGCACAAGAGAUGGUGACGGACACCCCAAGUACAUUUCAGGAAAACAGCUGCAUUAAGAUGGUUGGAUAUGACAUGACCAAGACUGCUGCUGAUAAAUGCUAUGAAAAAGCUGGUGUGAGGCCAGAAGAUGUGGAUGUGAUUGAACUGCAUGACUGCUUCUCUGCUAAUGAGCUUAUCACAUAUGAGGCAUUGAGUCUGUGUCCUCCAGGAGGUGCUGGAUAUCUCAUUGACAAAGGAGAUAAUACCUAUGGAGGCCGCUGGGUUAUCAAUCCCAGUGGAGGCUUAAUAUCCAAAGGACACCCAUUGGGAGCAACAGGUCUAGCUCAGUGUGCAGAGCUCUGCUGGCAGCUCAGAGGUCAGGCAGGCCGAAGACAGGUUCCGGGGGCUAAGAUUGCGCUGCAGCACAAUAUUGGCCUUGGGGGAGCAGUAGUAGUCUCUAUCUAUAAGAUGGGUUUUCCAGAUUCUGCAGCCAAAUCUUCUCAGAUUCACAUGGUUCCAACCAGUGCUGAAGAAGGGUUCAAAGCGCAAUUUGUGUUCAAAGAGAUUGAGAAAAAGCUUGAAGAGGAAGGGGAACAAUUUGUAAAAAAGAUUGGAGGGAUCUUUGCCUUCAAAGUGAAAGAUGGUCCUGGUGGAAAGGAAGCAACCUGGGUAGUUGAUGUUAAAAAUGGAAAAGGCUGUGUCGAUGUCAACUCUGAUAAGAAGGCAGAUUGUACUAUCACCAUGGCAGAUGCAGACUUGCUGGCACUAAUGACCGGGAAAAUGAACCCCCAGACGGCCUUCUUUCAGGGCAAGCUGAAGAUAACUGGAAACAUGGGAAUGGCCAUGAAAUUGCAGAGCUUGCAGUUGCAACCAGUGAAAGCCAAGCUGUAAAUCAUGCCAGUGAAGAGAACAGUAUAUAGCUUCGAGGUCAUUCCUUCCAAUUUUACUCUGGCAAUGACUUCUUGUGGAUCAAUAAUGGCAUCUGGUGUUUUUACCAGCACUAAAAGAAAUGUUUUCUACAACCCUUUCAUUAGGACAGGCUGGUUUUUUUAAUCGUAUUUCUACAUUCAGCCUUUGCAUAUGAAGCGUGCACUGAAAUUCUAGUUUAAAGGUACAGAUUGUACAUGAGCAUGUAUAUUCCAUUAGGUGACUGUGUGCCUGGAUUUGUACAUGCGCCAGCUUUGGCUCUGUAUGUUAGUGCAAAGUUCUGUCUUCCAAUGAAAAGGUUUGGUGAACGCUAAGGAAAGGCUUUUCUCUCUCUCAGAAAGUUUUUCCUUCUAUUUUCUAAUCUGCUCACCAAUUGUCAUACAAAUAGAUGGAGUUACAGUAAUUGAACUAAUUUUGCUGCCUGCAGCUAGGAAUGAGACCUGCAAAGCCAUAAUUUGUGGCACUACCUGAAUACUUUCCCUGGGCCUGUUGUGCUGACUUUAAUCCCAUAGAGCUUUUAUGGCACUGAUAGCAUACAGGUUUUCACAGUGACAAUACAGUUUAUUGACCUAUUAACAUUUAAUAAAACACAACUAAUUUCAA